GCGGCGGGCACGCCGGGGUCGCCAAUCAGCGCGGGGAGGUGGGGCGUCGGCAGGCCGCGGCUUUGUGCCCGAUGGAGUUCCCCGAGCACAGCCGGCAGCUGCUGCGGGGGCUGCGGGAGCAGCGCUCCCGGGGGAUCCUGUGCGACUGCACGGUGCUGGUGGGCACCGCGCCCUUCCCCGCGCACCGCGCCGUGCUGGCCGCCUGCAGCUCCUUCUUCCACCUGUGCUACGCCGAGCCGGGCGGCGCGGGAGGGGCGCGGGGCGCCGUGGUGGCCCUCAACAGCGACAUCGUCACGGCGCCGGCCUUCGCGCUGCUGCUGGAGUUCAUGUACGAGGGGCGGCUGGCGCUGGCCGCCCCGCUCGAGGACGUGCUGGCCGCCGCCAGCUACCUGCACAUGAACGACGUGGUCAAGCUGUGCAAGAAGAAGCUGCAGGCGCGGGGCCCGGCCGAGGCCGACAGCACCAAGCGGGAGGAGGACGCCCCCAGCCCGCCCCCGCCGCAGCCCCCGCCGCAGCCCCCGCUGCAGCCCCCGCCGGGCGACGCGGGGACGCCGCCGGAGCCGCCGCUGGUGGACGCGGCCGACACGACCCAGCCCGGGGUCGGCGGCGAGCGACCCCCGCCCAGCCCCAGCAGCUCCAGCGAGGCCGCGCCGGGGCCCGGAGCCGCCCCCCCGUCCGCGGGCGGGGGUCCCUGGGCCGCGCCCCCCGGCCCCGCCGGUGCCAUCAAGGCCGAGGCCAUCGUGAUCUCGGACGAGGAGCCCGACGGCGCCCGCCGCCCCCCCGCGCCCCCUGCCCCGCCGCCGCCGCCGCCGCCGCCUCCCCCGGCCCGAGCGGCGGGAUUUGGGGAGGGGGCGGCGCUGGCCCCGGCGCUGGGGGGGCUGCGGGAGCCGCUGUUCCUGGCGCCGCUGGAGCCCCGCGGGGGCUUCGGGCUGUUCGCCGAGGAGGCCCCGACGUGCCCGACCUGCGGGAAGACGUUCUCGUGCUCGUACACGCUGCGGCGCCACGCCACCGUGCACACCCGCGAGCGGCCCUACGAGUGCCGCCACUGCCUGCGCUCCUACACGCAGUCCGGGGACCUGUACCGGCACGUCCGCAAGGCCCACAGCCACGGCGGGCCCGCCCGCGGGCCCCGCGACCCCGCCCGCGACGGCGACAACCCGCCCUGACCGCCGCAGCCGCCCGGGGCACCGGCAUGGACCGAGCCGAGCCGAGCCGGCGGCGGGGCUUGGACGGGGACACCGGGAUGGGGAUGGCUGCUGCCACCGGGGCCACCGGGACUGCGACACCUGUGCCGUGCUGAGCCAGCGGGACUGCGACGCGUGCCCUGAGCGGGACCCCCGGGACGGUGACACCCGCUGGGAGCGGGCCCCGCCCGGGCGGUGACGGCGCCCGCCGGGAGCGCCGGGACCGCGACCCCGCCCCGGGGGGAACCGGAGGGACCUGGGGGCGUGGCACCGCGCUGGGGGCGUGGCCUCUCGCGGGUGUACGGGGGUCGCGCGCGAAUAAAGCGACGCUGGACACGGG